CACCUCAGAUCAAAGCCUGAAGUCAGGUUAGGAUUUCUCUUUCUCUCGCUGAAAGAGUCGACAGAGACAAUGGCGGGAAAGCAAUUGGCCGGCGAAGGCUUGCCGGCGAACAUCGCCGGAAUGUCAAAGAACCAACUUUACGACAUUAUGUCCCAGAUGAAGACGCUUAUAGAACAGAACCAUCAACAGGCGAGGCAGAUCCUUAUCCAAAACCCUUACUUGACUAAAGCCCUUUUCCAGGCUCAGAUUAUGCUUGGAAUGGUUAAGCCCCCUCAAGUGAUUCCCACCAUUCAGCCACCUGCACCACAACAUUCUCAGCAAUCUCAACCACUCCCACAGCCAAACUUGCAGCCAGCACCAUCAUUGCCAGUUCAGGUUGGGUUGCAGGACCUAGCUGGCUCUCAGACCCAACCACCUAUAAGGAAGCAGCAUCAAAACCAAACUGGUACACAGAUCUCAUCUGCUGCUGUUCCUGCAGCAAACCUUCCACCUCAAUCUAUGCCACCACAUUCCCUGCAGACACCACAGCAGACUAAGGGACAUUUGAAUCCUCCAAUGUCCCUUCCGCAAUUCCAACUCCCAAAUGUUCCUCCACUUCCCCUUCAUUUCUUCACAGCCCCGCAUCAUCAUCAAACCCAUAUGCCCACUGCCUCGAGCCAGUUGCAGCAGCCAGUACAGACAACCGGAAUUCCUCAUAUGCCUCUGCAGCUGCCAAUGCCACCACAGGCAAGACCAACUUCGGUGCCAGCUUUCCAUCAUCAGUAUGCUCCACAAAUGGGUCCUAAUGUGGGUUUCCAGCACCCUGGUGCUCAGCAUCCUUCACAGCCAAUGUUCCAUUCAGGUAAUAAACCUCCUUCUGGCCUUGGACCCUCUUUUCCACAAGGACAGUUACCCCUUCCAAAUCAGCCGCCACCUCAAUCGAUAUAUCAAAAUCAGGCAGGUGGCUUGCAUUUAGGAUCUGAGUUUGGCAACCAGGUUGGAGGUUCGAUGCAAGCGGAUAGAGGAUCUUCUUGGAUGUCCAGCCAACCAGAGAAUUUGACACUAACACAGCUCCAAGGACAAUCUCCAUUAGUUCCCAGUCAGAUGGGUCCAGGAAAUCAGCCCCUUCGCCCUGCAUCGUUGACUCCUGAGAUGGAGAAGGCACUACUUCAGCAGGUCAUGAGCCUCACUCCAGAACAAAUUAAUCUCUUGCCUCCAGAGCAAAGGAAUCAAGUGCUUCAGCUCCAGCAGAUUCUGCGCCAAUGAGGAGGCUCUACUUCCAGCAGAUCAUGAGCUGCACUGCAGAACGGAUUAAUCUCUUUCCUCCAGAACAAUGGAUAUAUUCCCCAGACAUAGCUGUGAGGAGCCAUGUGAAGAUGAUAACUGAUCUGACAGACAAAUCACAAACGAUAGAAUAUUGUUUUGCUGCUGUGAUACAGCUGCCAAUUCAGCAUAUGCAGCAGGGAUUCAUACAGAUGCAUUUCAUCUUAAUCUCGCUUGAGCCUUUGGUAUGUUAUACGUAGGUUGGUGGCUUUUGUAAGUUGAUUGUUAGGCCCAGAUUUGUGGGACUCUUACCAAGUUAUGUUUCUUUAAUUUGUUGUAAGUUGAACAGAGGGAAGAUGCAUUUCAUUUUUCCGUCUUGGCUUUUGUUCUAUUGAUGUUUCUUUAGCUUUAGCAAUUAGAAAUUGAAAAUCAAACUCGUUUUUGAAA